GUUGAUCCAGGUUGUCUGAGAAUAUGUGAUUUGCCCGACGAUUUGCUAUUGCGGAUCAUACGCUUCUUCCCGGCAAAAGAUGCAGUGGCCACUUCGAUCUUGUCUAAACGAUGGAGUAACGUCUGGAAGAUGCUGCCUAGACUCGACUUCAGAGAGAAGCAAGGCAGCGAGAGCGUUGGGUGGUUUAUUGACAAGUCACUGCAACUUCUUAAGGCACCGAGACUAUUUCUCCUGAAUGUCGAACUGGGUCCACGAUGUCCUGUUGACGUAGAUGUCAGAAAGUGGGUUGAGAAGGCAGUGAAACUCGGUGUGAUAAGCUUAGUUUUCAAGCUCCUCUGGACAGGAGAGCCCACAAGCUUACCUAAGAGCCUUUACACAUGCGACACGCUCGUUACUUUAUCUCUAUCCAACCAGAUUCUCGUCGAUGUUUCUUUCCCGGCUUGCCUGCCAUCUCUCUUAUCUCUGGAACUUAUCAAGGUGGUGUACAAAGACGAUGACUCUCUUGCAAGGCUUUUAUCGAGUUCCCCUGUUCUCAACGAACUACUGGUUGAACGACGUGAUGAAGAUGACAACUUGACAAACUUUACCGUGAAAGUACCUUCGUUGAAAAUAUUAUGUUAUACUAAUACUCGCGAGGAAGAGGAAGAGGAAGAGGAAGAGGAAGAGGAAGAGGAAGAGGAAGAGGAAGAGGAAGCGGAAGCGGGAGAGUAUUGUAGUUUGAUAGAGAAUAUGCUUUGCCUUGAUGAGGUAUACAUCGGCUAUGUUCCUAACCAUGAUGAAAAGUUCCUGACAUGUCUUUCUUCUGCCAGACGUCUGUGCUUGCAUUUAUCCGAAUCAAUGGUUGCGUGUUGUAACGCCAUUAAUUUCUAUCGGCUCGUGGAUUUAGACGUUGCUGCAGGAGAACCAGUAGAUUGGUUGAAACCACUUAUUUUGUUGCUUCAAAACUCUCCUCAACUGAAAACUCUUACGAUCGACGUCGACACCUCUGGGCCGUGCUCGUGGAACCAGCCGAGUACUGUUCCUCGAUGCUUAUCUUCUCAUCUAGCGAUUGUUAGGUGGAAAAACUAUGGAGGCAAAGAACAUGAGAAACAACUACUGACAUACAUUCUCGCAAACUCAAUCUGUUUAAAGACAGUGGAGAUCGAUCUCUCACUUAUACCAACCUGCGAUCUUCAAGAGUGCCAAAAGGAGUUGGAAUCUAUGCCGAUGAUUUCACCGUCAUCUAGGCUUCUUUAUUCUACCCCUGAUGCCCAAUGA